UGCGUCUCGGGGCCGGCGCGGCUGCGCAAGAUGGCGGCGGCAGUGGCGGCCGCGGCGGCGGCGGCGGCUGCAGCCGCAUCCCUGCAGGUGUUGGAGAUGGAGGGCAUGGAGACGGCCGCUGCCGCCUCCGCAGGGCUAGCGGCCGAGGUCCGAGGCAGCGGCACGGUGGACUUCGGGCCCGGGCUGUCGGCCGUGGAGGCGGGCGGCGGCGACCCGGGCCCCGAGGCGGAGGACUUCGAGUGCAGCUCGCACUGCUCGGAGCUGUCGUGGCGCCAGAACGAACAGCGGCGCCAGGGCCUCUUCUGCGACAUCACGCUCUGCUUCGGCGGCGCGGGCGGCCGGGAGUUCCGCGCCCACCGCUCGGUGCUGGCGGCCGCCACCGAGUACUUCACGCCGCUGCUCUCCGGCCAGUUCUCCGAGUCGCGCUCGGGCCGCGUGGAGAUGCGCAAGUGGAGCUCGGAGCCGGGGCCCGAGCCCGACACGGUGGAGGCGGUGAUCGAGUACAUGUACACCGGGCGCAUCCGCGUCAGCACGGGGAGCGUGCACGAGGUGCUGGAGCUGGCCGACAGGUUCCUGUUAAUUCGUUUAAAAGAGUUCUGCGGCGAGUUUCUCAAGAAGAAACUGCAUCUGUCCAACUGCGUGGCCAUCCACAGCCUGGCCCACAUGUACACCCUGAGCCAGCUGGCCCUGAAGGCCGCCGACAUGAUCCGCAGGAACUUCCACAAGGUCAUCCAGGAUGAGGAGUUCUACACGCUGCCCUUCCACCUCAUCCGGGACUGGCUGUCCGACCUGGAGAUCACGGUGGACUCCGAGGAGGUGCUCUUCGAGACCGUGCUCAAGUGGGUGCAGCGGAGCGCGGAGGAGCGUGAGCGGUACUUCGAGGAGCUCUUCACGCUGCUGCGGCUGUCGCAGAUGAAGCCCACCUACCUCACGCGGCAUGUCAAGCCCGAGCGGCUGGUGGCCAGCAACGAGGUCUGCGUGAAGCUGGUGGCCGAUGCUGUGGAGCGGCACGCACUGCGGGCCGAGAACCUACAGUCAGGUGCGCUGCGGCCGCCGGCAGCGCCCGUGUCCCUGCUGCCGCGCUACGGGCAGAACAUGGACGUGAUCAUGGUGAUCGGGGGCGUGUCGGAGGGCGGGGACUACCUGAGCGAGUGCGUGGGCUACUUCGUGGACGAGGACAGAUGGGUGAACCUGCCCCACAUCCACAACCACCUGGAUGGGCACGCCGUGGCGGUGACUGAGUCCUACGUGUAUGUGGCGGGCUCCAUGGAGCCGGGCUUCGCCAAGACCGUGGAGCGCUAUAGCCCUAGCCUGAACACGUGGGAACACGUGUGCAGCCUGAUGACCCGGAAGCACUCCUUUGGGCUCACUGAGGUCCGGGGCAAGCUAUACAGCAUCGGCGGCCACGGCAACUUCAGCCCCGGCUUCAAGGAUGUGACUGUGUACAACCCCGAGGUGGACAAGUGGCACAACCUGGAGUCGGCGCCAAAGAUCCUGCGUGACGCCAAGGCGCUGGCCGUCGAAGACCGCUUCGUGUACAUCGCUGCUCGCACACCUGUGGACCGCGACACAGAGGACGGGCUGAAGGCCGUGAUCACCUGCUACGACACUGAGACCCGGCAGUGGCAGGACGUGGACUCGCUGCCGCUCAUCGAUAAUUAUUGCUGUUUCCAGAUGUCCGUGGCCAGCUCCAGCUUCUACCAGACGGCGUCGUGCUGCCCCAAGAGCUAUGCCAUGGAGAACGCAGAGGCCAUGAGCAAGAUCGCCGGCCACGCGCCGGACGAGAUCCUAGAGAGCCUGCCCCCCGAGGUCCUGAGCAUUGAGGGUGCGGCCGUGUGCUACCUCAGGGACGACGUCUUCAUCAUCGGGGGCUGGAAGAACAGCGACGACAUUGACAAGCAGUACCGCAAGGAGGCCUACCGCUACUGCGCCGAGAGGAAGCGCUGGCUGCUGCUGCCCCCCAUGCCCCAGCCCCGCUGCCGGGCCACCGCCUGCCACGUGCGCAUCCCCUACCGCUACCUGCACGGCUCGCAGAGGUACCCCAUGCCCCAGAACCUGAUGUGGCAGAAGGACCGCAUCCGCCAGAUGCAGGAGAUCCACCGGCACGCCCUGAACAUGCGGCGGGUGCCCAGCUCCCAGAUCGAGUGCUGAGCCCCUCGCCUGCCAGCCUGCCACAGGAGGGAGGCACACGACUGCCCCCUGCGAAAGUGUCGCUAAUAUAUUUUCUCCCCAGACGGACUGUGGGCUGUAUAACCGAAGUGCUGUGUGGUUCAAUGGAAGAGUAGGAAGCGGUGAAUACGUGGUAAUUGUUAGCUUGCGACCUUUAUCUGUUUUUGGUGCGUGUGUGUGUGUGUGUGUGUGUGUGUGUGCGUGUGCGUGUGCGUGCGUGCAGUAGCUAAGUAAGAUCUUACUGAGAAGCAGGGCUAGUGAUCUGGCUAUUUUCUGCCAACGAGUUAAACUCCCUUGUCCUGGGGACUUGGGUUUCAAACAUGCUUUAAGCCCAACUUUAUUUGCACAUUUCCUUUGAUAUCUUUUUCAUUGUUACAGAAUGGUUGGUUUCAACAGGAUCAGAACUUACGCAUUAAGCCCUUAUCUGCAGGAGGCGUGUGCAAUAGUGAGCCUGAAAUUUGAAGGAAAAAGCACAAUAUUUCAGCCAAAUGAUUUUGCUGUGUUCGCACGGACACUGGAAGAUCUGUCACGGUCCUUUUUGGAAGAGGUGACUGAUUUGAAAUGAGUGCUUAGCUCCGUGCUUUAUUACUCCAUUAUUACUCUGUUAUUACUGAUACUUUCACGACGUUGGCAGCUGUUUAUGACUUCACAUCAUGCCUCCAAGACGCUGGUAGCCGGCCGAAAGAGCAGAUCGAGGAGAGGAAGUUACAGGUGUGAAGUUGGUCUAAGAGAGGACUGUUACAAGCGUGGGCAGAGACCGCGUGUGACACGGCGAGGUCGUGUUCAGAGUGCAGCACCGGUGACUGCCCUGCAGGCCUCUGUCUUCAUCUUUCCUCUAGUGCAUAUUGUAUGGAAUCCUCAUUUCUUUUUCAAAAUGGGAAGUAACAAUUUAGAAAAACGUUGCUACAGAAAAGCCUCCUUAUUGUUACAAUAUUUUAUCCAGUUUUCUUGGAACUGACCUGAACCGAGAAUGCCAAAUCUGGGUGCCUGAUUUUGGCUCUUGAAAGGUUUAUCACUGCAGUUGUCAGUUACUUGUUUUUGUGAGUUCUCCUGAUUCUAGGACACUCGCUGGCUCUGUGUGGUGAGCAUUCAGAGGUGGGGAUGGUGGCGCAUGCCUGUGAUCGCAGCACUCAGGCUGAGGCCGAGGCAGAAGGAUCGCCAGGAGUUCGAGGCCAGCCUGGGGCCUGUAGUGAGACUGUGUCUCUUCACACCAAACCAACACAACCCCCCAACGAGGAUUCAGCGCGUCUGGCAGUGCUGGUUGACAAGGGCCACCAUGAGGGCGGCCUGCGGUGUGGGCGGAGUGUGCCUUUAUUUCAGCGAGCAGUGUCUAUCUCUUUAGCUUCUGGAGUAUCAUCGCAGAAGUCAGAGUCGAGGCAGCGCUGUUUUCUCCCUAGGCGGCUAACACUCAACCGUGUUGUAUGAUCAGACGUCAAAAGGAGGAAGGGCACAGCCAGAAGCCUCAGCUGUCAUUCACUGAGAGGCCAGCUGAUGUUAGCUCCCAGGUGUGCAGCCUUCUGACUUACUGCCCCCACCCAGGACAAGGGCUCUCGGCGAACCUGUCAGUGCAGUUGGCGGGGACAGACAGCCAGUCCGAGCCGGGUGCCUGCGUCCUGAUCCUGCCCCACACAGGUGCGUGCCUUGUCCCCCUUUUCCUUUCGCAAUGGUUUUAGUGAAAGCCCUGCAGGUGCUCAGCUGCGAGGGCUCUUGUGUGGGCGAGGCGGUUGAGGAUGCAGCUGUGGGCUGCACCUGCCGCCCUGCCCUGCCCUGCCCUGCCCUGCCCUUGUCCCACUGGGGACGCAGCAUGAGCUUGCUGCAGUGUGGCCUCCAGAAGGGGCUGGGCUUCAGCUCAGUCACUAGGGCCCGUCUGUGGGUUCCUCUUUUACACAAGCUGGCAGAACCUAGAACUCGGGAUUGAGUGUGGCCCAUGUUGACAAACGUGACUGACACUUGUUUCUGACCCGGCAGGCGAUCUAGGCCCUGGCUGCAGCAGGGUAAGUCCUUCUUGCAUGGUGAUGUGUGCAGGUUUGCCCAACCACUGAGUGUCUGGUUUUUAUUUUUCAGUCCACACGUGUGACUACACAUCAGGAGUUUGUAAUUCUGAAAUAUCCCAACUAACUUGUUAACAAGGGAAGAAACCAGAUCGGCUUAAAUCUGCUCAAGGCUGACAUUCUGAAAUCCUAAACUGGAAAUAAUAGCGUGGAGGGCUUGGAAUGGCUCUAAUUAUGAUAACCGGGCCUAAAGUGGUUCUUAGGGGGGGAAGGUCCUUUCUGAUGAAAACGAUUGUGUUGGGUAACUUAAGCAGUUAAAAACACCUUGCUCAGCGUGGUGGCACACAUCUGCAAUCUGAGCACCCAGGAGGCUGAGGCAGGAGGUACUCCCUGAAUUUGAGGCCAGCCUGGGCUACAUAGGGGACCCUGUUCUCAGAAAGAAAUCAAAACCACAGCUUAAUGUCUACACAAGCAAACCUUUCUUUUAUUGGUUUUGUUUUCCUUUGGUAGAGAGAAUGAGGAAUUGACUGUACCAAAAAGCAGUGACAGCAUCCCUGAGGGUGUGGCCGCUUCUGUCUUAGGAAUGGCCUCUUAACCCUCCCUCCCUCCCUGCCCCAGUUCAACUCAGCAGUCCGAAUGGAGAAUGUCAGUCCUGAGCCGGUGUCUAAGCGACACCCCUUCCCUGCCGCUGUAUGCAUGACUCGUCUUAUACAUCUCGAUAACAGCCUCGCUCUGCAGGGCCAGCUCAGAAAUCACUCUGCUAGGCGCUAAACCUGAUGGCAUCUACCUUGGUCACCCGGUUUGUAUAGAUUUCCGGGACCAAAAGCCCUGAGUGGCAUCGGCCUUUUCAGUGUAGCAUGCGAGUUCUCAGCUAGGAGGGCAGUGUUGCUGGGGCAGCAGAGCAUGCAGCUGCCUUGUGCCUAGUUACUUAGUGUGAGCAGUUAGGACAGGACCUGUGCUCACUCGCGACCUCCAGCCAAGCUGAAGUACAGAGGCUGUCCCGGCCCGUGCCGUGGUCCCCACCUCUGAACGCCUGCUCGAGCUCAGUCUACCCCGUCUGCACCAGGAGCACAGGCUGCACAGCUGCAGGGAUCUGGCAGCCGAUUCUGUCUCCCCGCCAGCUCCUCACUCCAGCUGGUCGCUUUCUUGAGAAAAGUCCACUGUGCCGCUGCCCUUCACUCUCCUUGUGUCGCCUGUGUUCUGGCCCUUGGGAACAAAACAGCUCUAGGUAGCGGUCUCCUGCAGCAGCUGAGCAGAGCCCUGCAGGCCCGACGCCUUUCCCACUGCCCCUGGAGCCCCUGCUGGUGCCCUCCUGCUAGGUGCCGGCCUUAUUCCUCCUGACACACCUAGCUGCCCUCCAUGAUCUUCCCGUCCAAGGGACCUGCUAGGGGCCAGGGGGAGUGGCGACACUACGGUGGCCUGCUUGUGUUCCGGAAGCUGCCUUGCUGUGACAGCUACUCAUUGUCUCCAUGUCGGUUUUCAAUAAAUCCGCUGUCUAGA